AUGUACAACAAGGGCGACUUGGUCUUUGCAAAACUAAAAGGUCAUCGCUUUUGGCCAGCAGAAGUAAAAGAGUCUAUCUUGAACAAAGAGGGAAAACAGUCCCUUUACAAUGUCAUGUUUUUUGGAGACUACAAAACAGCAAAGGUGAAAGAAAGUGAUAUUUGCCCGUACUCUGAAAACAAAAAAUUGCAUGGUGAACCUAUAACAGAUAACCACAGAAAUAGACCUUUUAAUGAAGCCCUAAUUCAAGCUGAAGCUGCCUUCACAAAAAGACCAACUCAUUUUCAAGAUGAGGACGAAGCUCCACAGAACACUAACGAGCAGGGUGAAGAGCCAGAACCAAACAUAAGCCUGACUGUAAAUGACAUCCAAGAAAGGGUACAAAAUUUUAAUAGAGAGGAAAUCAAUUUACAAGAUUCCCUAACUCUAGCAGCCGAAGUUGGAAACGCACUCCUAGCUGAAAACAGUAAACUGAAGUAUGACCUUCACAACUUGAGCCUAGAAAACACUAAGUUAGCUUCUCAAAUGACUGAAGCCAACAACAAAAAUGAAGCAGCCUACGAGGAAAGAAUCAAUGACCUGAUAAACAAAAACGAACUCCUGUUAACUAGAAACAACUCAUUAGUGGAAACCAUAGACAGUCUUGAAAAACAGCUCGAAAACGAGAAACUACUUCGUAUUAAGCUGGAGAAUUCAUUUGAAGAAAUAGACAGAGAAAAAGAAGAAACUUUAAAACAAUAUGAACAGGUAAACCGGCAACUCAAACAAGAAAUAAAAGACCUGAAACAAAACCUGUACGCUAGAUUUGACAACAAAGGAGAACACUUCUCCGAGGGAAAAGAGGAUGCAGAAACGCAGACGCAUCGACUUGAGACUGGAAACAACCCCUUUCUUGUGGCUGAAAUUGCUCAGAUUCAAAUAAAACAAGAAAAGAUAGAACUACUCAUCAAGACUAUACAAGAACAGAUGAACAUAAAGAGUGAUAGCAUCCCAAAACCUCCAAUUUCAAUUGUGUCAAAUAACCACUACCCGCUAACCCCAACAACACGACCGAUAAAGAAUUUUAGGACUCAAAUAAAUGGGGAAAAGAAAAAUAUUUUUAGUGUAUCCCUGCAAAAUGCAAAAUACAGAGCGCAAAGACAAACAAACAACACUGACUAUACAGAGGAAACCAACAGAACCCUCACAAACAUAAUGGAGGGAAGAAGACAAAUCCAGAUGAAUAAGCCGGACUACAAUUCAACUGGGAGAAGCAGACAAACUCCGACAGAAAAACUGAGGUCUACAACCAAAACUGGAAGGGACAUGCAAACUCCACCCGUAAAACCGUCACUAAAGAGAUCAAAAGGAAAAUUACUGGCCCCAACUACUCGUAAAAUCCAGCCAGGCCCACCCAUGACAGCCAUACCACGUGCUGCAGAUGAAACAAUAGAAGAGUUCUAUAACAACCACAUUGAGCUCUAUAAAAAACUAAGGAAUGAUAAUUCCUCAAUACAACCAAUAACCAACCAAUUUGACCCUGCCAAACAUUUUUUAGAGGCAUGCUAUUUAAUAAAGUUCAGGGAAAAAACAGGACAAGGGCUUCAAAAGGAGCCGCAAACCCAGAGCCACUAA